AACGCCCGAACAGUGGCUGUGGAGCAUUUCAGCGCUCACAUAGCAAAAGAUUGUCCGGAGAGAGGGAGAGGGAACGCGGAGCUGCCGGAAGUGUCUGCAAGCAGCCGCAAAAGCAGCAGCCGUAGCCGCUGUAGCCAGAGAAACUUUCCAGUUUUAGCCUAGGAGUCCCGAGACUGAGGAGCCCUCCAUGCCCCGGAGCAACAAUGCAACCAUAUGACAGCCACCUAAUUCGACCCACUCCUUUGCUAUCCGCCUGCACUUCCCCUCCCUCAUCCUCCGGUGGAGAUUGAGACGGGGGGAAUUGCUGUAAUCCCUGCAAAGAAGCGCCCCGAGGAGAGUCCCAGGCUGCUGUCGCCGGCGUCGCGUCUGUGCCAUGGGGCUGCCCACUCUGGAGUUCAGUGAUUCCUACUUGGACAGCCCAGACUUCAGGGAGCGUCUGCAGUGUCACGAGAUUGAGCUGGAACGAACUAAUAAAUUCAUUAAAGAGCUCAUCAAGGACGGAUCCUUGCUUAUUGGGGCUUUGAGAAAUCUGUCCAUGGCUGUACAGAAAUUUUCACAGUCCUUGCAAGAUUUCCAGUUUGAAUGUAUUGGAGAUGCUGAAACUGAUGAUGAAAUUAGUAUUGCUCAGUCAUUAAAAGAAUUUGCUCGAUUACUUAUUGCAGUGGAAGAAGAAAGGAGAAGACUGAUUCAAAACGCUAAUGAUGUAUUAAUAGCCCCACUGGAGAAGUUUCGGAAAGAACAGAUUGGUGCUGCAAAAGAUGGAAAGAAGAAAUUUGACAAAGAGAGUGAGAAAUACUAUUCCAUUCUUGACAAGCACUUAAAUUUGUCAGCAAAGAAAAAGGAGUCUCAUUUACAAGAGGCAGAUACACAAAUUGACCGAGAACAUCAAAAUUUCUAUGAGGCAUCACUUGAAUACGUCUUUAAAAUACAGGAAGUUCAAGAAAAGAAAAAAUUUGAAUUUGUUGAACCGCUUUUGUCUUUCCUUCAGGGAUUAUUCACCUUUUACCACGAAGGAUAUGAACUGGCUCAGGAAUUUGCACCCUACAAGCAACAGUUGCAGUUCAAUUUACAGAAUACAAGAAAUAAUUUUGAAAGCACUCGUCAAGAGGUAGAGAGAUUAAUGCAGAGAAUGAAAUCUGCAAAUCAAGAUUACCGUCCUCCAAGUCAAUGGACAAUGGAAGGGUAUCUUUAUGUACAAGAGAAACGACCUCUUGGCUUCACAUGGAUUAAACAUUACUGCACUUAUGAUAAGGGAAGCAAAACAUUCACAAUGAGUAUUUCAGAGAUGAAGUCCAGUGGAAAAGUGAAUGGUCUUGUCACUAGCUCACCAGAGAUGUUUAAAUUAAAAUCUUGUAUCCGAAGAAAGACAGAUUCAAUCGACAAACGGUUCUGCUUUGACAUCGAAGUGGUUGAAAGACAUGGAAUCAUUACAUUGCAAGCUUUCUCAGAAGCAAAUAGGAAACUGUGGCUUGAAGCAAUGGAUGGAAAGGAACCGAUUUAUACUCUGCCUGCCAUUAUUAGCAAGAAGGAAGAAAUGUACUUAAAUGAAGCUGGAUUCAACUUUGUGAGGAAGUGCAUUCAAGCUGUAGAGUCUAGAGGCAUCACCAUUUUAGGGCUUUACCGAAUAGGAGGCGUGAACUCCAAGGUCCAGAAGCUCAUGAACACCAUAUUUUCUCCUAAGUCUCCUCCUGAUAUUGAUAUUGAUAUUGAACUGUGGGAUAAUAAAACAAUAACAAGUGGACUAAAAAACUACCUCAGGUGUCUCACUGAACCACUGAUGACUUAUAAGUUGCACAAGGAUUUCAUUGUUGCUGUUAAAUCUGAUGACCAAAACUACAGGGUGGAGGCAGUCCAUGCAUUGGUGCACAAAUUACCAGAAAAAAACAGAGAGAUGUUGGACAUCUUAAUAAGACAUUUAGUCAAAGUAUCACUGCAUAGCCAGCAAAAUCUCAUGACUAUCUCCAAUCUUGGAGUCAUCUUUGGUCCUACUCUGAUGCGGGCACAGGAAGAGACAGUAGCUGCUAUGAUGAACAUCAAAUUCCAGAACAUUGUGGUUGAGAUUCUGAUAGAGCACUAUGAGAAGAUAUUCCAUACUGCACCAGACCCAAAUAUUCCUCUUCCUCAACCUCAGUCCCGGUCAGGGUCCAGAAGGACAAGAGCCAUUUGCCUUUCAACAGGCUCAAGGAAGCCCAAAGGGAGAUACACCCCAUGCCUGGCAGAACCAGAUAGUGAUUCAUACAGCAGCAGCCCAGAUAGUACACCUAUGGGUAGCAUAGAAUCACUGUCCUCUCACUCAUCAGAACAAAAUAGCACUACUAAGUCAGCUUCUUCCCCGCCACGGGAAAAAUCUGGAGGCAUCCCCUGGAUUGCAUCUCCACCACCUUCCAAUGGACAGAAAAGCUCAGGGCUCUGGACGACUAGUCCAGAAUCAAGUUCUAAAGAAGAUGCAUCCAAAACAGAUGUGGAGUCUGACGGUCAGAGUGUUGCAUCAGUCACUAGCCCAGGGAACAUUUCCCCAGCAAUAGAUCUGGUCCAAAAGGGGCCUUAUGGACUCUCAGGACUGAAGAGAUCUGCAGCUUCCUCCCUCAGAUCCAUCCCUGCAACUGAAGGAAAUAAAAGCUACAGUGGAUCCAUUCAAAGCUUAACUUCCAUAGAUUCCAAAGAGACACCCAGAGCACCACCAAAUCCUGACCUUCCUCCAAAAAUGUGUAGGAGAUUGAGGUUAGACACUACAUCAAGCAAUGGAUAUCAGCGCCCUGGUUCAGUAGUGGCGGCUAAAGCACAGCUGUUUGAAAGUGCUGGUUCACUUAAGCAGGUUUCUGCUGGCCGCCAAGCUAAAGCCAUGUAUUCCUGUAAAGCUGAGCACAGUCAUGAACUCUCCUUCCCACAAGGGGCAAUAUUUUCCAAUGUCUACCCAUCAGUGGAACCUGGAUGGUUAAAAGCAACUUAUGAAGGCAAAACAGGACUAGUUCCAGAAAAUUAUGUUGUCUUCCUCUAAUUUGAGUUAGUGGAUGGCAGUAUCUUCAUGGUAUCCAUGGUAACAAGAAUAAUAAUAAUAAGUGCUAUGAUUUUAUCUGACACAGAUACGGGGAUCAGCCCACUCGAUGAAAAUGGUCGAUUUCUGUCAAGUUCUUUACUGGCAGUUUGUACAGCUCCCCUGUCAUUGAAACAAAAUGGAUUUAAAUCGUUGGCCUGUCUUUUCAAACUAGCACUCUAUUUAAAUGACUUGCUUUUUGAUCAAGAGAAACCAUGUACCUUUUUAAAAAAAAAAAAAGCAAACAUAACAAUGGCAGAAUUGGAAAUAGAAAUACUGAUUUGGUCAUCCAGUUCAGGCAACUUAUAGCCCAAGAAACUGCUACAAGAUUUUUGGGAGUCCUGACCAAAUAUAUUCAUCCCUAACCCACUGCUCCCUGAAGUAUCUAGAAAUCAUGUGUCAUAAUAUAAUUUAAAUUGUAUAUUUUUUUCCCUUUGAAAAAAAAGUUAUUGAGUUUACUUUUCUUUGUACUUCAAUUUUUGCUGGUCCUUAACAUUUCAAGGAAAUAGAUUUGCAACAUCACUUUAUGUUUAUUUGUUAUCUGAGGAGAUGAUAAUGUUCAUAUGCAAUAAUGUGUGUUGUCUAUGUAAAUGAGGCCAAAUUAGGUUAUACACUGAUUAAACCUUAACCCAUCCAGAAUGUGA